UGGACGCAUGCAGAUCUUUUCCAGACAACUCACCAGAGCUCUCCAAAGAGUUGCUGUGUCAGGCUUCUGAUGUGGAUGCCUGCAGAUCAUUUUCGGGCAACUCACCAGAGGACUGUGAUCAUGAUCUUGUCCCUGACAAAAUGUCAAGUUUAGAAAAAUGUGUUUCAUGUGGAGGACCUUUUGCACCUCUGAAAUGGAGUGGUGUGAGAUGUAAAGUUUGCAACCAGUCCUGGCACAAAAAGUGUUAUGUUAAACACAAGGUGGACAUCACUGAACUUCUGCAAGUGGUCUGUACAGAACCAAGUUCAAGUGAGGUGGUAUCAUCAGAAGAGGAGUAUGUUCCUGAUUCCAUAGAUGAUUCAAACAGCUCGUGCGAUGACAGAUCAGAGCCUUUAAAAAUCAGUUACAAACAAGUACAGAAUUGUGAGGUCUCCACCAGCAAGUCUUCUUCCAAAAACAAAAGACACCACCAAGAAAGUUUUGUAGAGGAAAACAGAGAGCCCGUUUCUGAAGCUGCAGAAUCAUCAACUGAAGAUAUGAUCAGCACAAGUCAGCUUGAAGUAUCAAGAGUUACUGGCAAUAUAGGAAACGCUGAUGCCGAAGACAUAUUUGUUGAUGAUGGUGCUGAUGCUAUGGCUGAAAAAGUCUCAAACACGUCAUCCUUGCUCAGAAAUAAAACUUACUGCUACAUUUGUGGGAAACUACAGACAAAGUUUACACGUCACUUAAAAACUCACGAGAAAACACAUGCAGAUGUUGCUCAAGUUUUAAGUCUUCCCAAGAGGUCCAAACAACGUAUGAAAAUGCUUAUAAAGCUUCGCAACAAGGGAAACCACAAGCAUAACUCAGAGGUCUUGGCGAGUGGAGUUGGAUCACUAAAACUAAGACGCACAUCAAAGAAAAAGUACAAUGCAAAAGAUUACAUUCACUGCAUGUACUGCCAGGCAUUAUAUCUGCGACGAGAUCUUUGGCGACAUGUUCGAAAAUGUUCUUCAAAAGCAGUAGAAGCCACUUCAGAGAUUGGAAGAAAAAAAGUUUUGUCUUUGGCCUCUAUGAAUGAGUCAGCUUUGUGUCAGCAGAUAUCACCAGGUGUUUGGAGCGUGUUAGCUGUUAUGAAAGAUGAUGAAAUAACUUCUACUGUGCGAAGUGACUUCUCUAUUCUUCAGCUGGCCCAAUCAUUCUUUAACAAAUAUGGACAAGAUCCCACCAAAUAUGACUACAUUCGCCAGAGACUCAGAGAAUCUGGAAGACUCCUGCUCACGCUUCGCAAGGAAUUCUCAAUACAUAGUCUUGAGGAUGCUGUGAGACCUGAAAAUUUUGAUGUGGUUAUCAAAGCGGUCAAGAAAGUAUCCGGGUAUGAUGAAGAAAAGCACUGCUACCGUACUCCAAGCCUUGCUCUAAAGUUAGGUCACUCACUACAGAAAGUCAGUGAUAUUUUACAUUGCAGAGCACUCAUGGCACAAGACAGUACGCUGAUAAAGUCAACCCAGAGUUUCAAAACUCUCUAUGCUACAAAGUGGUCUGAACUCAUCUCUCACACCGCUUUAACUACGUUGAAUGAGCGGCAGUUUAACAAGCCCUCCACUCUUCCUUUCACCGAAGAUGUUCAGCGUCUUCACAGACAUCUGGAGAAGACUACAGAACAAGCAUUGAAGGACUUGGAAGACAAUAGUUCACCAAAAUCAUAUAGUGAACUGUGUAAAGCCACCAUGGCAAAUAUAAUACUUUUUAACAGAAGAAGAGGGGAAGAAAUUUCAAAGAUGACAAUGAAUGGCUUUCUGGAAAGAGACACAAGUCCCCUGCAUAAGGACGUCGCAUUUGGACUGACAGAAUUUGAACUUCGCCUUUGUCAACACUUCAGUCGUGUUGAAUUAAGGGGUAAAAGAGGCCGGAAGGUUGCAGUGUUACUCUCGCCAGACAUGGUGAAUGCCAUAACACGCCUAAUAGAAAAAAGAAAAGACUGUGGUGUUCUGGCAGAAAACCUGUUCCUGUUUGCCAGACCUCAUUGUCUGACUCCCUACAGAGGACAGGACUGUUUGAGGUUUUAUGCCAGUGAAUGUGGGGCUGAAAACCCUGAGCUCCUCAGGUCAACGCAAUUACGCAAACAUGUUGCAACUUUGUCUCAGAUCUUGAACCUCAAGAAUCACGAGUUGGACCAAGUUGCUAACUUCCUUGGCCACGAUAUUCGCGUUCAUCGUGAAUAUUACAGACUUCCUGAGGCUACUACCCAGCUGGCCAAGAUAUCCAAACUGCUGCUUGCCAUGGAGAAAGGAUCUCUCAGAAGCCUUCAAGGCAAAACACUUGACGAGAUUGAAAUCGAAGACAACCUACAGUUGACCGAUUCAGAUGCUGAGAGUGAGGUCGAUGCUGAGAGUGAGGUAGAUGAAGCAAAUCUCACACAUCCACAGACCGGUUCUGCAGGACCAUUGAUGGCUAGGCAACCUGUCGAGGAACCUCCAGGCAUGUCUGCGCCAUUAUCACAAGCACAAAGUAAACACACAGAUGCUAAGGAGAAAGAACCCAACACAAAACUAAAGAAGGACAAAGAGCCCAGCAGAAAAAAGAACACAAAUAAACAUUCUGUAUCUCUGGAAAGUGCUAGAAGAGCAAAAAAGAAUCCAUGGUCUCCCAUGGAGGUUGUCGCAGUCAUGAGACAUUUUGGCGAACACAUCAAAAAAGGAAAACUGGCCACUAUGAUUGAAUGCCAGCAAUGCAAGAAGGCUGAAGAUCCUGCUCUGGCUGCCCGCUCUAUCCAAAACAUAAGAGAUUUUGUAAGGAAUCGGGGCAUAACUAUGAAAAGAAAAGAAAAUCCUGGAUAGAAUAUGUGAAUGUGAUGAAUUGUCCUUUAGUGAUAUCAUCAGGACACAUGGGAUAUUAAGGGUAAGACCAGAAGCAAUCUCUGUGUCCUGAUGAUAUCACUGGUGGACAAUUUAAAUAUUUCAUCUUGUGGAGGCAGGAGAAGGGCUGACAGUAUUCCAGUUAUAUUGGCAAACUGGCUGUUGAACAGAAUAUGUAAACAUACUGAUAUUUUACAGUAUAUAUUGUUUGGUGUGGAUUGGUUACUGUACGUUUCAGUUUUAUUUCUUCUGUGAGACGAUGGGUAAGUUCAUCUUGUUCACUCAAUUUUUGUUUAAUCUGUUUGAUGAUUUAACAGACUUGCAUAAUUUCAUUUUGCCAUUCAUAAUUUUUCCUUUCUGUUCACAAAUAGGAUUCUGUUGCUUAGUGAAAGUUACUGCUACUGCCGCUUACUUAGUGAAGGUGCUGUAAAAUGCAGUCCAUGUCUUUCUGUUUAGUCAUUUUUCAUUUAUCCAUGUUGGCCUUUUUAUGCAUGAAAAUUACAUGUUUGUGUAUGUGUAUGGCCAUUGUCCUGACAAAUAAAGUUGGCCCUGGCAAUUACUGUUUGUGUCAUGGGCGGAGCUAAGUA